GUGCCUAUGAGGUACGUUUUCUAAACCUACCCACUUUCAUCAUAACUAUGCCCUCUUCAUCAUACCGAGUCUAGUAUUUCGGAGCUUCCCUAUAUACUAAAGGGGAUAACUACGCGCUAUGUCUACAAGAUGACCACAGAGGCAGCGUCGCCGAAAAGGCGACACAUACUAUCCUCAAUAAACCCAGAUCGCCGUUCAGCUUCACCCAAGAUAGAAAAUGGCAAUACACCUCCGGCUGAGGCCCCACCUCCGGAGCCGCAGCCGAAUCUAGAGCAGGAAGAAUUCGAAGCUACGGAAUUGAGGGACAGGAAGAAGACAAGCAGAUUCCGCUUUAAAUCGAAGCGCUCGCGGCUCCAUCGGCACUCCUCCCGAGACCGCGACCGCGACCGCGAUGAUGACUACGAACGUGAAGACGAAGCCGAACCACACCGUCAUCGCCACAGACACAGACAUCGUCACCACCAUCACCACCAUAAACACAAGCGGCGACGCUCACGCUCACCCACGCCUCCCAACCCCUUCGAGCCACCCCCUCUCGGUUCCGAAGCCGCGUUCCGAGAAUCUCUCUUUGACGCAAUGGCAGACGACGAAGGCGCAGCGUACUGGGAAGGCGUAUACGGACAACCGAUCCACAUCUACCCCCAGGCGCGGUCCGGGCCAGACGGGGAAUUAGAACGGAUGGACGACGACGAGUACGCGGCGUACGUGCGGCAGAAGAUGUGGGAGAAGACGCACCAGGGUCUGCUAGAGGAACGGGCGCGCCGCGAGGAGCGCCGGAAACAGCGAGACCGGGAAGAGGAUGAGGCUAGGAGGCUUACGCGCGAGAUGGAGCGGAGCUUGCGUAGGGGCGAGGAGAGGCGUAGGAGAAAGGGCUGGAAAGAGCGCUGGGAGGAGUAUGCGCAGGCGUGGAAGGAGUGGGAUGGGACGCCGGAGCAUAUGGCGUGGCCGGUGCGGAGUGGACGGCGCGAGGACGUGGGUGCGGAUGCUGUAAGGGACUUUUUCGUCAUGGGUAUCGACCCUGAGGACGUUGGCGAAACGGAGUUCUUGGCAAAACUGAAAGAGGAACGCGUCCGGUGGCAUCCGGAUAAGAUACAGCAGCGACUCGGCGGACAGGUCGAUAGUGCCGUCAUGCGCGAUGUUACGGCGGUGUUCCAGAUCGUGGAUAAGUUGUGGUCGGAUACCCGGUCUAAGCUGCAAUGAGUGAGAGGUUCACGACGAAAUAGGAACCUAGACACGAAUGAGAUAGGUCUAUUAGUUUAUUAUAGGCUGAAAGCCUAGAUAGAUUACGUUCAAUGCAGAAGUAGCACAUAGGGCACUUAGAUACCCAAUAUAUCUUGAGCCUCUACUCAGGAGAUAUAGUCUAACUAUGAUUAAUUCUUACAAGAAACGCGGUUAUAAAUUCUU